AGACUAUCAGUUUACCAUACGCAGCACUGAAGAGGCUGGUUCUAGAAUCAGGGCAUUGUGCAUUUGUGCCAUCUCUCUCUCUCUCUCUCUCUCUCACUCAUAGUCUGUCUAGAUUUGGGUGCAGAAAUAAGCGUUUGAUGGGGUCUAUGCUCGGUGACUGGCCGUCGUUUGACCCUCACAACUUCAGCCAACUGCGACCGUCCGAUCCUUCUAGUCCUUCGAGAAUGACGCCUACAACUUAUCAUCCUACUCACAGCCGCACCCUUCCACCACCUGAUCAAGUGAUAACUACUGAGGCCAAAAAUAUCCUCUUGAGACACAUCUAUCAGCGUACUGAAGAGAAGGAUUUGAGACCAAAGAGAGCUGCGACUGAAAAUCUUAUACCCGAGCAUGGAUGCAAGCAACCAAGGGCAUCACCCUACUGAGCUUUUCUGUCAGAGUCCGAAAAAUUAAUUUAUGUAAACGAUCUUGUCAUGGCAAAGAUGAGUGGUUUUGUUGUUGACUGAAGAGGGUAUUUGAAUGGCAUUGUUGUAAACUGCUUUGGCAGAAGUGAGAAAUGUACAUUUUCUGUGUACAAAUUAUA